AUGAGGCUCUCUUGGAAGGCAGCAAAGGGAGAGGGGGACAAGGAAGCAAAAAUGAAAACCAUCAACGUAGAGAGGAAAGGAGAAGAGGACCAUUACAUCGAGGAGACCCACCACACCGCCGGCACGGCCCCGCCCCCGCUACCCCGGUGGUGGCCCACGGCCCCCCGGCUGCCCGUGGUCAAACUGGAGUCACUGAAGCGCUGGAACGAGGAGCGGGGGCUGUGGUGUGAGAAGGGGGUGCAGGUGCUGCUGACCACCGUGGGCGCCUUCGCGGCCUUCGGCCUCAUGACCAUCGCCAUCAGCACCGACUACUGGCUCUACACGCGCGCUUUCAUCUGCAACACCACCAACCUCACGGCGGGCGACGACGGGCCCCAGCACCGCGGCCCGGGGGGCUCCUCCGAGAAGAAGGACCCGGGAGGGCUCACGCACUCGGGCCUCUGGAGGAUCUGCUGCCUGGAAGGGUUGAAAAGAGGCGUCUGCGUGAAGAUCAACCACUUCCCAGAGGACACGGAUUAUGACCAUGACAGCGCGGAGUAUCUGCUCCGGGUCGUGCGCGCCUCCAGCAUCUUCCCCAUCCUCAGUGCCAUCCUCCUGUUGCUCGGGGGCGUGUGUGUGGCUGCCUCCCGGGUCUACAAGUCCAAGAGGAACAUCAUUCUGGGCGCAGGGAUCCUGUUCGUGGCAGCAGGCCUGAGCAACAUCAUCGGCGUGAUCGUUUACAUCUCGGCGAACGCGGGCGAGCCGGGCCCGAAGCGGGACGAGGAGCGCAAGAACCACUAUUCGUACGGCUGGUCCUUCUACUUCGGCGGGCUGUCCUUCAUUCUGGCCGAGGUCAUCGGCGUGCUGGCCGUCAACAUGUACAUCGAGCGCAGCCGCGAGGCGCACUGCCAGUCGCGCUCGGACCUGCUCAAGGCCGGCGGGGGCGCGGGCGGCAGUGGCGGCAGUGGCGGCGGCGGGCCCUCGGCCAUCCUGCGCCUGCCCAGUUACCGCUUCCGCUACCGCCGCCGCUCCCGCUCCAGCUCCCGCUCCAGCGAGCCGUCGCCGUCGCGGGACACGAGCGCGGGCGGCGCGGGCGCGCCGGGCUUCGCCUCCACGGACAUCUCCAUGUACACGCUCAGCCGCGACCCGUCCAAGGGCAGCGGGGCCUUAUCUGGCUAUGUGGGGCCUUCCCUGGCUUCGAGGGGCCUUCCCUGGCUUCGAGGGGUCUUACCUGACUUCAAGGGAACUUACCUGGCUUCGAGGGGCCUUACCUGGUUUCGAGGGGCUGUCUGCAGACCUGGGGGUGUGGACCCCCAGGCCUCCUCCUGCAGACCUGGGAUCCUGACCCCAGCCCCCUUCCCGCAGACCCCGGAGUCUUGA